AUGAUAGAAUGCAUGAACUGCACGAGGCUGGCGGACAUGACCGAGAGGCUGAACACGCUUGAGGCCAAGAUCCUCCUGCUCGAGGCUGCGGAGCGAAGCCCAUCCCUGGAAAACAACCUGCCCAUCACCGGGACCACGGCCACGUGGUAUGAUGAUCUGCUGCCAGAUGCCUUUCCCCUCCUCAAUCCUGGGACUGUCCUGAGAAAAACAGUGGGAUCUGCUGAGCCCAAAGGACACAGAGGUGCUGAGGAGCAGCUGAUACCUCAGGGGCUGCCAGGACAGGUUGGCCCUCCAGGCCCAGUCGGACCAACUGGUCUCCCAGGACCACCAGGGCCAAAAGGAGAGAAGGGACAACCCGGAGAGAGGGGCCCAGCAGGGCCACCAGGGCUGUUGGGACCUCAAGGACCAAGAGGACUUCCAGGAGAAACCGGGAUCCCAGGUCCCCCAGGUCCUCCGGGGCCACCAGCCACCCCGAGCCUCCCUCUUACCUUCCAACAAGGGGUUCUCUACUCGCUCCAGCCCACAGCUGAAAAAGAAAAUGGAGAAGCCCAGCUGGCCUCCACCGUCAUCGACACCAUCAUGGCUGGGCUGCCCGGGCCACGGGGAGCCCCGGGGCCUGUGGGGCCACCAGGGCCACCAGGUGCAUCAGGACCCAAAGGGCCCCCAGGACCUAUUGGAGCCCCUGGAUCACAAGGCUUACCAGGAUCUCCAGGACAACCUGGGCCAAAAGGAUCCAAAGGAGACCGAGGAGAGAGAGGGCAAGCAGGUCUGCCUGGAGAGAGGGGCAUUAAGGGAUCUCCUGGUGAACCAGGCAAGAAGGGUGAGGAAGGUGACAAAGGUGCUGAUGGGGAAGGUGUUCAGCAGCUCCGAGAGGCUCUGAAGAUUUUAGCUGAGAGGGUAUUAAUUCUUGAGCACAUGAUAGGAAUUCAUGACUCUUUGUCUUCCAUUGAGCCAGGCUCUGGACAGGAUGUGAUCCCGGGCUCCCCCCUGAGAACCAGCAUCAAGAUCAAGCGUGGAGGCCCCCGGCAGCCCCAGCCCUACCAGAUCCUCUCCUCGCUGCUGGAGGACGGAGAAGCCAAGAGGAGAAGCAACCGGAUGAAGUAGGAGCGGCCGUGUUCUCCCUGCCGGUCUCCAGUUCCAGAUACAGUAUCCCAGUGCUCAUUGCAGACUGCAGAGGGAGGGGGUAGGAGGCUGCAGUGUUGGCAGCUGGGUUUCCUUACCUGGCUAAUGCUGUGCCCUUAUUGCAGGGAAUGUCUUAUCCAUAGCUCAGAGAGGGUUUUCCUUGACUUUGUUGUUUUGCCUUUGGAAUACCAGCUGGCAGGUAUCUCAGAAGCUGCCUACAGCAAUGACACCUCCUGGCUGUGUCUCAAGAGUUUAAUCCUCCCCUUCUUUCCUCACUGCCCUUGACAGUGACUCAGUAAAGCUCUGCUUAACUGGCCAAGACAAUCCAUCCCACCCAGACUCAAAGCCAAGCCUCAGCCUUGUUCCUUGAUGUAGUUGGAGGCAUCUGCUUUUAUUUCAUGUGUUGGUACUGGCUUCCAGGUGGAGGUACCACCUCCACAGGCCAUGAAAGCAUGACCUGCAAGGAUGUCUUUUAAGCAAAGAAACAAAUUAGAAAAUCCAAAGAACAUUUAAAAGUGUUUCUCUGAAAUGUCAGGUGCCUCUCUGGACUUUAGCAUCAAAAUCUUGGCUUUUCAUGUUGCCAAUUGCACCUGAGUGACAUUAUUUCUGUUUGUGGCUGGCUAAGCAAGGACUUUUGAUGCAAAUGUUCGUGGCAACAUUGACUUUCUAUCUAUCUUCAGUGAAAUUACACUGUUUCUGUGAAAAUACAGAGCAGUUUGCAUGAGAUAUGAUGGAAUUGUGCAAGAAUUUUCCCAUACUGUGUUCAGCUUGUGCAUACAUCCAGAGAUAAUUAAUUUAAGUGGUGGCAAUAACUAUUCACAGAAAAGGAUAUUUUGCAAUUGUUUCUUAAUCCUACAGCAAUAAGGAAAAAUGUUUUCACAGUGUUUUGUUUUAAUCUUGUGAGUAAAUCCUUGCCAUUUGAAUCUGGAGACAGUGUAGUAGCAAACCACAGCCUAAACAAUUAGUGUCUUGUCAAGAGCUUAUCUUGCACUGGAUAAACAGAGAGUCAUUUUACUUUUUGCAAUAACUUGUUAUUUUAGGGGAAGUACCAGCUUCCAGGUUUAAGGAGUUGAACCUGCCCUUCAGUGACAAAUGAAUCACUCCACCUGCUGUGCUAACCAGGUUGGACAAGCUGAAGUCAUUUAUGUAGACAGUGAGUUUUGUUAGAAGGGUGAGAUUAACCAACAGAACUGAUGGUUACUGUUUUUUAAUUUUUACUUCCCCUCUUCUGACAGUUUGCAAAUUCAGCCCAGGACAAAAGUGAUCAAGUUGAGUUUGUGUUUGUCAUAAGUCAGGUCCAUUGGUCCCAUUGUAUCUGGUUCCUGUGCAAGACAGUUUGUCUGAACAAGGUGAGCUGUCCUGCUGCAGAAUGUCUGUCAGAAGGUGCUGCAAAGACCAACACUGUCCAUUUAUUCAGCAGCCCAAGUGAUCUUCCCAAGGCCAAGCCAGAAGCCUGUGGUUCACUGGAAAUGAGGCUAAAAAUGAGGAGCUCAGCCAGCCCAACAUUAGCCACACAUUAAAUUGACUUUCCAUAUACACUGUGAACAUGAUGUACCCACAGAGAUAUCCAAGCCAAAACUUUCCUCUGAAGAACCUGAGCAGGUCUUCAGGAUUGCUGAAUUCACUGUAUGUCUUCCCUUGGCCCUGCUCUUUGGAAAUCCAGCCAGAGAUCCCAAACCAGGUGAAACAGCUUAAAUUAAUGCUGAGAAAGCACCAGAAAGAUGUCUUUUACUUCUGGAACUAAGUAACAAACAGCAGUGGUUUAGGCUGGCUUGGAGGCAGCAGGAAUUCAUGCCCUUGCCCUGCUUUUGCAUCUUCCCUGUGCUUGGCCAGUGCCAGUGGUGGGGUUCAUUCA